AUGUUGCACCACACAGUUUUGGUGGUUUUGGUGGUCUGGGUGUCAGUGGAUCAUGCAUUCUCUGCAGCUGCUACUUCUCCACAAAUGGGUAAAAAGAGAUCUGCUUUAUUUUCAGUAAAUAAGGAGGUCAGCCACACAGAAGCCACAAAGAAUGUUGAGAUGACAGAAAAGGUCAACAGCACAAACUUCAAACAGUUGGAGAAAUUAAGAAUCCGGUCCAUAUAUGUUGGGAGGAGCUGUAAGGACAUCAAGGACAGAUAUAAUGAAAAAGAAGAUGGGUUGUACUUCCUGACCACUGCUAACGGCAUGGUCUAUCAGACUUUCUGUGACAUGACCACCGCGGGUGGCGGCUGGACUCUGGUGGCGAGCGUCCAUGAGAACAAUGUUCACGGGAGGUGCACGGUGGGCGAUCGCUGGUCGAGCCAGCAGGGCAACAACGCCGACCUGCCGGAUGGGGACGGGAACUGGUCCAACAGAAACACGUUCGGAGCAGCAGAGGGCGCCACGUCAGACGACUUCAAGAAUCCAGGAUACUAUGAUAUCGUGGCAGAAGACAUGUCUGUGUGGCACGUUCCCAACAACUUCCCACUGGAGCACUGGAACCUGGCAGCCAUUCUCCGCUACCACACUGACAACCGCUUCCUCCGCCUGUAUGGAGGGAACCUCCUUCAGCUCUUCAAGCAAUAUCCAGUGAGAUACAACAUUGGCUCGAUCAGUGACAGAGGGCCGUCUAUUCGUAUCGUGUAUGACCAUGGAGACAAAGAGUCCACCAGAAUGUUAUAUGGACCCAAUCCAAGAGCGGAGAUUGAACCAGGUUUCAUCACAUUCAGACCAAUAAACAACGAACGUUCAGCCAUGGCUAUCUGCUCCGGGGUAAAGCCGACCUCUGGCUUCAACACCGAACAUUACUGUAUAGGAGGAGGUGGAUAUUUCGAUCCUAGGCAGUGUGGGGACUUCCCGUCAUUUGACUGGGACAGUCUGGGAGCGUGCCAAGGCUGGAGCCCUUCCAAAGAGAUGACUGAGGCUGCUGUUUUACUGUUCUACCGCUGAUGGAUUAUUUGCACAUGUAGCUUAUGACCAUUGUUUCCAGGCCAUCAACAACCACAGUUGUAGCCAGCAUGUGAUUCAUUCUUCAAUGAACUGGCCUCGUGUUUCUAUUUGUGUCCUUAAAGAGCAGCCCAAAUAUUACUUUCAUUACUAUCAUUUGUAAUGAUGCCGUACA